CCUGACUGCAUAGAAGGCAAGUUUUGCUUUCUUCCGAUUGGUUAUCAGCAUCUUGAGUUCAAUCCACUUGAAUAUUCUAUUGGCUACAGGCAUAUCAUGAGUUCUGCAUAUUCUCGAUCAUUUCCUCAAUUUUCCAACAUGGGACCUUGACGGUCUGAUGAGAAAGAAAUGUCACUUCCAAGUGAAGCCACCUGUGAUGCGAUUUCCCAUACACUUACAAGAGACAUCGAAAGAAGGGAACGUAAGUGCAUCAUUGGCACUUGUGGGAUAUGGAAACCCAUCCAUGGGCAAGGCGGCAAGUUUGUUGGUACCGGAAGCCUUGUAAAGGGCUUCUUUCUCAAGUGUGAUAAAAUCAUUCAUUUGAUCACAAGCGACAAGGUUAUUACAUCUCAUGAUUUAAGUGAUUACUACUUGCAUUUCAAGAAAUCAAAAGGCAAAGACAAAGAACCGAAGAAACUAGUUAGCAUAGUAUGCGACGAAGUGAUCUUCAAAUCAGGCCUCGCAAUUGUGCCUGUUGAUCCAAACAAAUUUGGCAUCAUUCGAAAACAUAGCUCCGGUCUACUGAUGUACCGUCCAUUCACCAUACGCAGUGAAGUAAAGGAAGACUUACGAAAUUUUGAAUUAUACUGCCACGUCGUUGAGCCAUGCGCAGAUUCAUUUGCCAUAAGACCAUACCAGGUGAUGGGGAUUGCAGAAGAAGAAACAUAUGUUGCUGACCACAAUUCCAAGAUAAAAAGCGCUAGCAUUUUCGACAUUUAUGGAAAAGGCCUUGGAGCUCCAAUUUCCUUUACAUUCAAAGACGAGGCAGUUGCUGUUGGUGCUCUUACUAUGAAGGAAAACGGGCAGAUUUCUUUUGUUCUGUUUUCACAGAUUGAUAGGACACGGAAAUUUGCAGAUGAAAGACUUGGAGGGGGAGAAAACCAGCAACGACCAGGGCAACCAGCAGAAGGAGGAGAGCAACAGCCACCAGGGCAACAAGCAUUAAAAGGAGAACGACAGAUCAAUUGUUCUGAACAAGGUGGUGGUACAUUUACAUCAAGAAACAGCAGUGAUGCAAGGCAACAAGAAGCUCUAAAUCACUUAGUGGAUCAGGACACAUCUACUCAAGGUUAUGUUGAGUUAAUUGCUCACCUUCAGCAGAUGCAACUCGAUGCAAGCAAAGUCAAUGACAAGACAGACAAGAAAGACCUAAGAAUUGAGUUGAACAAAAUUGCUUCAGACAAUGGCUUCAGAAUUGUUGACAAUGAAGGAUCAGGAAAUUGCAUGUUCUAUGCUUUGUCAGAUCAACUGGAAAUUGCUAUGAGAAUCAAAAUCAAGCAUGACGAAUUAAGACAAAUACUGGUCCAGUACCUCAGAGAAAACCCUAAACUACCGAAUGGAACAAAUCUGUUUCAUUUCGUUCAUCAAUCAUGGGCUGAUUACUUAACGUACAUGAAGAAAGAUGGCGCUUGGGGUGACCAUGUUAUCCUAUGGGCCGCAGCAAACCGCUACAAAACUUGCAUUCGUGUGAUCAGCAGUCUUGGCGCUACUCACGAUGUUAUCUUACGGCCACAAUGUCCUGUUGACAAAAGCAGGACACUUGUGUUGGGACACAUUCAUGAAGUACACUAUGUCAGCCUUCACUCCACACAAGGUGAAAAUAAGAUGCCAAUUUAUCAGUGCGCAACUGGAAUUAACAAUGGUGAAGCUGCUUCAGAAAAUGGGAUGGUGAUUAAGGAACAACAAAAAUUGGAAAGAAAUUUGACAGAUGAUAGCAAGCACUCCUUACAGUCCAACCAAGGUUCUACUGCUGGUAAUGAAGGAAGUACUUGGUGGUCAUCUUUGAAAUCAUGGCUUUCUUUUUCGAACAAUUCUGACAGUUGUGAUGGUAAUGGACAUUUGUCACCGAAUUUAUUGAGGAAUGGCUGUUAUGUCAUAAGCAUUGAACCAUCAACGACUCCUUUGAAGGGUGGAGGACCUUGCUGGUUUACUUUUAAACCUGACCUACCCUCAGACUUUACUUCUGGAACUGCUGGGUUUGCUAGUCUGGGCUCUAUUGAUGUGUAUAAACUUGAAAAAAAAACAAACGUUCUUGUUGGAAGAGGAAUUCCUGCUACUGAUAAAGAAGGUUGGGUCAUUGUAGAAGUGAGUGGAAAAAGUGACAAGACCGGCAAAUCCAGUGAUCUUGGGCAAACAAAAAUUUACUAUUAUGAUGAAGAUAAGAAGGCACUCAAGCGAAUAGUCGCGGAGAGAAAACAGAGUAGCGCCUUUUUUGAAGAAUGGAAGACUGCUUGUGAAGGACACUCCACUGAUAGCAAAGAAAAAGAGACGAAAUCCCCUUGUUCCGGGUCCAUGGAUUCAGGGAAUCCUUUAUAUUCACUUCAAGGCUUACUGCUGCUGGUGUAUACAGCAGCGGAAACUGAUGCUCGACAGUUCAUUGCAUUAGUAUUCAAUUCGUCAGCUGGAAGAGUGGUCUUUAAUGCAUACAGGAGUACUACUCCGUUACCAGAGAAUGUUGCAAGAGCUUUUGGCCACGAAGAUACCGCGCAUUACCUUGAGUCCAUAAGUGAAAGAUUGUCUAAAGAUUUCAGCGUUAAUGAAGAACACUUACAAUCAAGUCAUAUUCUCGAGCUUGCUGAUGCAGUCAAAAAUCCGUCCAACGACAAUCAUGAGGAAAACCGGUUCCCAAUGGAAUUAGAGGAACAAGAUCAAUCAGCAAAAACAACCGAAGAAGAAAAUGGCUCUGUGUUCACAAACAAAGUUGGUACAG